AUGUUCACUUCUCCAGCACAUCCACAGUUGGAUUCAUUGAUUUGUACCGAAUGUAACAUCACACCCUCUCAAUUAACUUGUGCUUGUUCUGAAAAAUUGUGUUUCGGUUGUAUACAAGUUCACAUUGAACGAAUUCGACGUGAAUUUGAACUGGUACAUGAAAAAGUGGGUCAACGUUUCAUAAAAGUAGAUGAUUUAAAACAUCGAAAUAAUAUUCCACAUGUUGAAAAUGUCAUUCAAAAAUGGAAAACAGAGCGUAUGCGAAUAAUUGAUGAUAUUGCUAGUAACGCUCUGAAAGCAGUUGAAGAACGAACUAAAUAUUUUUCCGGUAUACCAGCAUUGAAAACCGACUAUGAUAGUAUGCCACAAUGGGAAGCACAAAUUGGUCACGAACAAUUGAAUCAAGUGAUUGAUUUAGAUCAGAAACUUGUAAAAAUAGUCGACCCACUGACUGCAUUGCCCACUUUAGAACAAGAUGAUCAUACUUUAGAACAACAACUAAAAACACAAUUGAGUCGGUUAUCAUUAGGUGAAAAUAACAUUGAUCUAGCAGCAUUCGCACAACCAUCGAUGCAUGAUGCGUCACCUGAUAUAACGGAAAGAAUUAUGAAGACAAAUCCGAUUGUUAUACCAUGUAAAAACGAUGAGUUUCACGGCGCAUUUGCGUGUCACGAUGAUGAACUUAUAUUCAACACAACUGAUUCACAAUUAAAGAAUAGUAAAUUAGUUUUUAUAUCGAAUGUUAACCGUACUGGUAUAUCACAAGAAAUACCAUGGCCUCAUAAUUGGAUUAUUGUUGACAUUGAAUAUGCAAUUCCGUUACGUUCUUAUCUAAUUGCAACUGGUCGACAAAAUUCAAAAGUUUAUAAUUUUCAUCCCACCACAAGUCAAAUUGACGAAUGGAAAGAUUUCAAUGACAGAAAUUUGAAACGUUUAUGUUGUACGACAGAAAUGGUUUAUCUCGUAUUUUCAACUCAAGAUCGACAAAAUUUUGACGAUGAUAAUAGUGAUGAAUUAAUAGCUCUCAAUUAUACUAAGGAAGAACAAGUAUUUAAAACGAUUAAUCAGUUAGUUAAAAUCGCUGACGCUGAAAUAAUCGAUCUGUCAUGUUCGGACCAAGGUCAAGUUGCAAUCGCCUAUCGUUUCAAUAUGAAACAACAAGUUGCAAUAUGUCUUUUUGAUCAGCAAUGGUCACCGGCAAGAGCAAUUGAACUAAAAGGAUAUAAAGAUACGAAUAUCUGGUAUACGCCUCGAUUAACAUGGUCAAAUCAAUUUGAUGCAUUUCUUGUUGUUGAACAUAAAUCUGGCCAUUUAGUAGUAAUUGAUUCGAACUCCAAGGUGAAAGGUGAAACAAGAAUUGUUAGUGAAGCGAUGACUAAUGACAUACGUCAAUUGCCAGUUAAUGUCAUCUUAUCGAACAAUAAUUGGAUAGGCAUUCGUUGUGAAGUAUCGAUUAAUAUUUAUCAAAUAAAUAAAACUUAA